AGGGCUUGGUUCUGCCAGGCUUCAUCCCUGCGAAAGCCCACGCUUCUAUUGGAGAGAGCCCGUUGGCAAGAGCGAGCGGGAGGAGGACGCAGGAGAUAUUUAUUGUUGACGAAGGAGCGCAGUGUACAUCCUUCCAGCUCAUGUAACCAGACAGCGUUUAAAAUUGGAGACAGUUAUUCUACAGCAGCAACUUCCAUAUUAAAAAAAAGAAAAAAAGAAAGGAAGAAAAGAGGGAAAGAAAAGGCCACAGAAGACGGGGAGAAAAUGGGACAUAGCGCAAUUCCUGUAUUGUUUCCAGUAUUGUUCCAUCUCAUGUGGGAAAACGUCGAGGCUCUGGCCUUGACUGAAGUGAAUGGACCGAGCCCUCAGGGGGCGGAGCCUCAGAUCGCCAUGUUCUGCGGUCGCCAGCUCCUGUACAUGAACGUGCAGACAGGCCAGUGGGAACCGGAUCCUCAGGGCCGCCAGGGCUGUUUCAAGGAACCAAGUGAAAUCCUCUCCUUCUGCCAGGAGAUGUACCCAACGCUCUCAAUUAGCCACAUAGAGGAGUCCAAACAUCCUGUUCCCAUCCCUGGCUGGUCCAAGAAAGGCUGGGGCCACCUAAUAGUCCUGCCUUACCGCUGCCUGGAAGGCGAGUAUGUUAGCGAGACGCUGCUGGUGCCUGACAGAUGCCGCUUCCUCCACCGAGAGCAGAUGGAUGCUUGUGAGAGUUACGUGUACUGGCAUAACAUUGCGAAGGAGGCAUGCACAGCAGACAGCCUGGAGCUUCACAGUUAUGGGAUGCUGCUGCCGUGCGGCGACCAUUUCCGCGGCGUCGAAUACGUGUGCUGCCCUGGAAGAGGCAGCUCUGGCGGAAAAGGCGAGGCGGAGGAAAAAACCACUGCUGGUGGUCUUCAAGCCCUCACGCCCCAGACCAGCGGGAAACUCAUCUCUGUCACCAAAGUGACAGCUCCCACUCCAAGCCCCUCCCCAGACACAGACGUGGAGGAAGCAGACAUGGAGGAGGAGGAUGAUGAGGUGGUGGAAGAAGAGGAGGAGGAGGAGGAGGAAGCUCUUGAUGAAGAAGACAUGGAUGAAGAGGAUGACGAAGAGGAGGCAAUAUCUGUGAAGGAUCAGGACGAGUAUGAAUACCCUAUUGACUCAGGUCCUUACCAGACGUCAGACUAUUUGGACUCUUUUUACUAUGAGAAAAGCCACAAACCCACCACCUCUGCGCCUCUCAUGAGGGGAGACAGCUUGACCACGUCUCGGCCCACGGAUGGGGUUGAUGUUUACUUUGAAAAGCCUGUGGAUGACACUGAGCAUGCCAACUUCUUGCGUGCCAAAACAGACCUGGAGGAGCGCAGAAUGAAGCGCAUCAAUGAGAUCAUGAAGGAAUGGGCAGAGGCUGACGACCAGUCCAAAAAUCUGCCAAAGUCAGAGAGGCAGGCACUGAAUGAGCACUUCCAGUCUGUGCUGCAGACUCUGGAGGAGCAGGUAGCUGGAGAGAGGCAGAGGCUUGUGGAGACGCAUCUGGCUAGAGUUGAGGCGAUCCUCAACAACAACCGCCGUGUUGCCCUGGAGAAUUACCUGACUGCUGUUCAGUCUGAUCCUCCUCAGCCGGAGCGUGUGCUGCAGACGUUGAAGAGGUACAUGGCUGCAGAGCAGAAGGACCGCAGACACACACUGAGGCACUACCAGCAUAUUGUGGCUGUUGACCCCCAGAAGGCUGAACAGAUGAAAUUCCAGGUCUACACACACCUCCAUGUCAUUGAGGAGAGGAUGAACCAGAGUCUGGCACUGCUCUACAAGGAUCCAAUGCUGGCAGAGGAGCUCCACAGUGAUAUUCAAGAACUGGUGAAAUCAGAGCGAGGAGACAUCAGUGAGCUCAUGACCACCUCCUUCUCUGAGACUCGCACCACUGAGGAGCUCCUGCCAGCUGAGAGUGAGGAAGAAAAGGAUGAUGAAGAGGAGGAGGAGAGGGCCUUCCAGAACAGACCCUAUCCUCCCCGCAUUGAAAUGCAGCCUAAUAAGAAAGAAGAUGAAUAUGACUACACCACAUCUGAGAGAGGCCCUACCGAUGAAUAUGAGGAAAAGAUAAACAACUCUGCAGAGCUCAAACAGGUGAACAAGCCUAAUGAAAUUGCAAGUGAUGAACUGCCCCCUGAUGCCUUGGAGACGUUUAACCGAGGAGCCAUGGUGGGGCUGCUGGUGGUGGCUGUAGCUAUAGCCAUGGUCAUGGUUAUCAGCUUGCUGCUGGUGCGCAGAAAGCCGUACGGCACUAUUAGCCAUGGUAUUGUUGAGCAGGUCGACCCCAUGCUGACACCAGAAGAACGACAGCUCAACAAAAUGCAAAACCAUGGCUAUGAAAACCCCACCUACAAAUUCUUUGAGCAGAUGAACUGAAGCCUGUUGGGGCCACCAGCAAGUCAUGCCUGACCACCUGUUUUGUCCCCCUCCUCUUCCUUAAAGUGGUGACCCAGCUACGCCACCCACAAUAAGUUUAUGUUGUGUUGCAAGUUCUGAAACAAUUAGGUGGGGGGUUGCUCCCCAAACCCAAGACCCUCCUGUCCUCAGAAUGUGAAUAUUGAGGUGUAAACACUAUCCUAUAUUAACUACUAUAAUUUGAUGCAUCGUUUUGGUUAGUAGCGUCACAUUUCAUAGACCUUGUUCACCUCGUUCCCAUGGCAUGACUUGACCUAUUGCUCCUAACUAGAAAUGAAAACUGAAUGGUGCAUACGCUUUAUAGUAUUUAUUUUUCUGUGGUAGUCCCUUUGUUCUGCUUGUACCAUGAUUAGACAUGAAGUAUCUGUGUAGGUGCGUGUGAGUGACAGCCUAUUUAAAUGACAGUCUCAAUGGUGAGCAUGCAGAGACAAAGAGGGGUGACAACUAAAUCAAUCCCCUUUGACAGAUAACACUUUGCAAGGAUUUAGGGGAUUUUCUUGAAUGUAUGCAGCAAUUAGGCUUUAAAUUAAAACACAGAUUGCUGGAGGAUGUGGCGGUGACACAAAAAAAAAGAAAAAUCAUUUAUUUUUGAGACCCCGCCCUCAGUAUUUUGAAUAAUCGUGCGGCAAAAUAUACCAAACAUUUUCUUUCGCCAAAAUUAGUCUGAGAAGGGAAGUCUUUUUUUUCUUUUUUCUUCUGCUACCAAAAUAACCAUAAGACGAAAAAACAAUCCGAACCAAAUGUUUUGGAUGGAAGCAUGACAACCGGUGUAUGACGCUGCAGUAUUUAUUUUUGUUGUUCUUGUCAUUGCUUUUGAAGAGGCGGAAAUGUCACUGUUCCGAACCAGCACUGUAAAUAAGGAAGUACGUGCGACACGGUGAGGACAUUUCUCUGAUUAGUUUGCAUCAGUGUAAUGGAAAAAAAAAAACAUUUUUAAAAAAGAAAGAAAGAAAAUAAAUAGUAACAUUGUGCUGUUAUGAGAAGGAGACACACUUCUAACAUGGCUGAUUGAAAACGGACUGUUGUAAAACCAGCACAAGACAACGACACAGCUACUACUUUCUGAAUGUAUUUGAGGUAGACGUUAAGACCCCCGUCCUCUCUUCAGUAAUCCCCCUCUUUAGUAGUGAACCAAGAAGUGAAGCUCAACUUCUUUAAAAAAAAAAAAAAAAGACUCCAUACCCGUUACCCUUGCCGACCUUUUGUGUAGCAAUCUAAUCAUCCUUACAUUUGGAAGAUGUCUUAUCAGAGCAGAGGAACAGCUGGAUGUAUGAGCCUGUACAAAGCAGUGAAAUGUACAGAAGACACAUCGAUAUUCAUGUGAAGCAUCAGUGUGUGAAAAACGUCUUAGAAAAACACACCGCUCUGGCAUGAAAGUAGUUUUGUUUGUGCAAAAAUUAAGCCACUUUAAACAAUUUUAAGCUCAUAGACACAAACUAUCAAACAUUAAUGACGUCUUAUUAAAGCUGAAACAUUUCACUGAAUGACUCAUUGUAGUAAACACUUGUAUUUAAAAAAAGUUAAAAAAAAAUAAUAACUGAAAAGGGACUCCCCCCUUUUUUUUAAAUUACUAAUUGUUUACUGCUCAUCGUGUGAAAUUUGUCUUGUAUCGUCCCUAAACUGCAUCAUUUGAAACUUUUCCUAAUCGUCUUGGUUAAGAAAGGUCGCAGCGUGGAAUGUUGCUUUUGAUUCAUCAGAUUUCAACUACAUGGUGUUGUACGAACAAACCAAAUCUCAAUCAAGUUGUGCUUUAUUUGCAUCUUUCCACUGACAAUUUUGUUUUCUAAAAACCUGCAAUUUUAUUUUCAUUUUUUUGUUUUGUUUUUAUUUUCUCAACAAAGUUCAGAAAAAAAGUAUAAACUGUAGAGGUUUUCUUUGCUUGGAAAAAAGCACUUAUAAUUGGACUGUCUGAGCUCAGUUUUUGUUUGUCUUGUCAGGCAGGUAAAAAUCAGGUUGUGGGUGCGUUAUGUAAGGUAAAGAGAAGUCAUAGCUCCUGUAUAAAUUGUACAGCUCUGUUACUGAUAAAAUAAUUGUAUGUUCACAGUUUAAGUCAGUUGAUCUUGUAAUGAUACUACUGAAACCAUAGAUGAGAACAAGCUUGCCUGUGUUUUUUCCCAAACCACUGAAGGUUUCCUACCAGCAUUUAGCAGACUUAGAAUGGUGUAUAAUAUAGUUAUUCAAAUCACAUUUGUACGUAUGUCCCCUGUCAAAUUCUAGACUUCUUUGUUGUCCCCGUACUUCCCAAUGAAAUAUAAACUACUGUAUGUUAUUGAGAUUUUAAUUGCUGCAUUAUUGCCUUUUACAAUGCUGUGUUUUGGAUGUAACUAUUCUGUAUUUUUUAUUUAUAUGUAAUAUUCAGUUGGAUUAAGGGUCACGCGGUUCACAUAAUUAGAAGAAUGAGAAAAGAUUUAGAAAUAUCAAGUAUAAAAAAAUGAGAAAUUUGGACCUAUCUUAAUUGAUGAGAACACAUAGCACAAGCAAAACCAGAUUGGUGAAGGCUGUGAAACUUUAGAUCGACUGCAGUUUCCUUCACUAGACAUGGUUGGUAUCAUUUAGAGAGCUGCUCUUCAGUUUCAUUAAGACCUUCAACCAAAGACAUGCUCCAUUAGUGAUCAGAUUAGCUAAUUUGACAAAAUGUUUCUUUUGCAUAUCUGUUGUAAGUAAACUUGACAAAUUGAAAGUCAGUUAAUAGUUCAAUAAAAAUAAAUGACCCAGUGAAGAACUG